AUGAAAGAUAAGCCGUUUAAGCUCGAUUCCUUGCGAGACCUUCUGCAUUAUGUGAGUAACGAUUCUUACCAAACUGUUUUGGAUGACAAAUCCGGAUAUGAUCAUAUUUUCUUGACGGAGGCAAGCCACACUUAGUUUGGUUUUCAGUGGGCGAAAUGGUAUUUUACUUGUUGCACACUUCCUUUUGGUUGGAAAAUAUCACCGUAUGUUUAUCAUCUACCGGUUUGCUCGCCACACAUUUUUUUCGUUCGAUCAAGAUUCCAUGUCUUCUGUAUAUUGAUGACCGACAUAAUGGACAACUUCAGGUACCUUUCAAUGAGGGUGCAUAUGCCCCUCUUGAGACGGACGAUAUUCGGAGAUUGGCUGCCGCACAAUCAGCAAUUUUUCUUGUCGUGUAUUACCUAGUUGCUUUGGGUUAUUUUCUGGGAUUGAGUAAGUCAAUUCUCGUUCCAUUGAAGAUCGUCCCAUAUCUCGGUUUCGAGUGGAUUCGAUUCAUCAAGCGUUUAGAUUGAUUGUCACUAAGCGCCAUUGCUUUCUACAAUUGGUACAUGAACUACUAGGUAAACCGAAAGUAACUGUUCGUGAGGUGCAACGUUUAGCGGGAAAGUGUGUCGCUUUUUCUCUGGCUGUCCUGGCGGCAAAGUUAUUUACCAGUCGUCCUUUUCCCCUAACGGAUGAUUUGAAGGAUGAGAUCUCGCAUUGGUUAUUUCUGGCCAAUUGGGGUGAGCCAUUGCCCUGGCGAGAUGAAAAACAUAUUGUUGUAUCUAUGGCCACUGACGCGUCAAGUUCGGGCUGGGGUGGCGUGAUUUUGUUGCCCAUUUCCAAGAAGGUUUCAGAUUACUGGGUUGGAGAAGAAUGCAAUUGGGAUAUUGCCACCAAGGAAGCUAUGGCCAUUGAUCGAAUGCUUUUAUCAAAUUGUGACUUUCUUCGUGAUACUCGCGUUGAUGUUCACGUUGAUAAUCAGGCCGUUCUUCAAGCCUGGAAUAACGAACAGGGACGGAGCCAUAUGCUUAUUCAGGCGCUCAAGAACAUAUUCUUUACCACGCUGAAUAUGAAUGUUGCGUUACACCUCAUCUAUGUUCCUACAAAGGCCAAAACCCGGCUGAUCUACCGUUGCGCCGUUUGUCAUACAUAG